GAUGUGCUGUUUAUUAUUGGGCACUUCACGAAUCAGGCAACAGUGUUCGACAGCUCAGGUAAACAAUGUUGCUCGGUUUGACACCGAGCCGAAGGCUGCUGUCUGUCCGGCGGAGCCUCAUUCAGUGUCGCAGCGUUAGCUCAGAAAACACCGCCAGGAAGGCUGCUGUGGACAGGGUUCUCUCUGCAUUCAGGUCCAUUUGUGGCGAGGACUGCGUCUCUCUGGGCGAAGCCAUCCGAGAGCAACAUGGCAAAGAUGAAUCUGUACACAAAUGUCGGCCCCCAGAUGUGGUGGUGUUCCCACGCUGUGUGGAGGAGGUCAGCUCUCUAGCCAAAGUCUGCCACGACCACAACCUUCCUAUUAUCCCAUUUGGCACUGGGACUGGUUUGGAGGGAGGGGUUGGUGCUGUGAAGGGUGGCGUGUGCUUCAGUUUAAGGAACAUGGAACAGAUCCUGGACCUUCACCAAGAGGACUUUGAUGUGACCGUUGAGCCUGGUGUGACCCGGAAAACCCUUAAUGCCUACCUACGAGACACGGGCCUCUGGUUCCCUGUAGAUCCUGGAGCUGAUGCUUCCCUGUGUGGCAUGGCUGCCACUAGUGCUUCGGGGACCAAUGCUGUGCGUUAUGGGACAAUGAGAGAAAACGUCAUGAACCUAGAGGUGGUUUUGUCCAAUGGAACUGUUAUACAUACAGCUGGGAAAGGCAGACGUCCCAGGUAUAGUAUCAGCCAUCAAAUACACUCUGUAGCUUUGCCUGUUGUGAUUUUAUUGUCCUAUUAUUUCUUUUGCAGGAAAACCUCUGCAGGAUACAACUUGACUAACUUGUUUGUGGGCUCAGAGGGCACGUUGGGGAUUAUUACCAAGACUACGUUACGGCUGUAUGGCAUCCCAGAGUCCAUGGUGUCGGCUGUCUGCUCUUUUCCCUCAGUCCAGGCUGCUGUAGACAGCACCGUGCAGAUCCUACAGGCUGGAGUCCCCAUUGCACGUAUUGAGUUUCUGGAUGAUGUUAUGAUUGAUGCGUGCAACAAGUUCAGCUCCCUGUCCUACCCCGUCACCCCGACUCUGUUCCUGGAGUUCCAUGGGUCAGAACGCAGCCUGGAAGAACAAGUCGCCACAGCUGAGGAGAUUACACAGAGUAAUGAAGGGUCAGACUUUCAGUGGGCCCAAGAUGCUGAAACAAGGAACCGGCUGUGGAAAGCUCGCCGUGAUGCCUGGUAUGCUGCACAGGCACUUAGGCCGGGCUGCAAGGCUUACUCAACCGAUGUGUGCGUCCCUCUGUCGCGACUUCCUCAGAUUAUCGUGGAGACAAAGAAAGACCUGCUUGAGAGCAGGCUGACUGGUCCAAUUGCAGGUCAUGUUGGUGAUGGCAACUUCCACUGUCUGAUGGUCGUGGACCCAAAUGAUCCCGACGAGCUGCAUCGGGUCCACCUGUUCACAGAGAGGCUGGCCAGGCGAGCAUUAGCCAUGGACGGUACCUGCACUGGAGAGCAUGGAGUGGGUUUAGGAAAGAGAACGCUGCUUUGUGAAGAGGUGGGACCUCUGGCCAUCCAGGUCAUGCAGGGGCUCAAGGACAGUCUUGACCCAAAGAACUUGAUGAAUCCUGGGAAAGUCCUAAAAGGAGAGUUAUAAAUUGAACACUCUAUGCUGAGAUUAGAGCAUGACAGGAGAUUGGAGUGAAACUCUGUUUGGUUGUCGGUGUAGUUGUGCAUCAGAAAUACAAUUCAAUGAAAACAUAAAGGUUUAUUUCCAUCAUGCUUUCUGCUGAAUGCCAGGGCACCUGGAAAACAUAAUCUAGCCGCUAUUUUCAGUUUUAAUUACUUGAAAUUGUGUAAAUGUGACACAAAAUGAUUUUGUGUUUAACUUGAAUGUAUUAAUGUUACUGAAGACAUCCAGUUAAAGCCAUACCAGUGUAUGUAACAUACAUACAGCAUUGUAAUAAUUUACAUUAUUACAUUUGUGAAUUCUUCAUUUAAUUUCUUAAAGUGUUAAAAUGCUUUUAAGCAUUAAAUUUUGUCAAUUCUCACCAAAGCUUGAAGUUUUCACAAUAUGUUUGUGUUUGCCAAAUUGAAAUUUGUAUCUGCAUGUUUGCAUAUAGGAAACACAGAUGAACACAAAUCUUAUAAAAAAACAAAACAAAAAAAGAAAAUUAUUGAGGAAAGUAUUUUAAAACAAUAAGAGGUGUUGAUGUUUGAUUGAAAAAGCCAGUGGAAUGAUUCUUCGUUCAGUCAUUCAAUUCAAAAAGUGAAACUGAUUAGAAUCAGCUUUAUUGACCAAGACUGUGUUCACAAACAAGGAAUUUGAUUUUGGUUUUAAGCGCACACAGCAUACAGACAUAGUAUACAAGUAUACAGAGCGCAAAAAGAGUAUAAUUCAUUAUAUAGAUUCAUUACACACAGUGAUGUACUUCAAGCUGUUAUUUCUCUUAAUUUUGAUGAUUAUGGCUUAUAGCUAAUGAAAAGCCAGAAUGCAUCUCUCAAAGAAUGUGAAUAUAACAGCAAUAAAACAGAUUUUAACACAGAAA